GCGAAGGAUAAAAGAGAGGGAAAAACUCAAGGUUUCUGCCGAGAGCGGGACUCUGCACGCUGCGCCGCAGUGACGACAUUGGUCCGCGCCCUAAGCCGAGCGUUGUCCGCGCCUGGCGGCAAGCGCCUGCGCAGUGGCUCCGAGCGGGCGGUUGCUUGUUGGUUGUUGUAGUAACGGGGGAAGCAGCCGUCUGCGGCGGCAGUGAGCCUGGCAGGGGAGGAGGAGCGAGGUAGGCGCAGAGCGCGGUGCCCGCCUGCCUGCCCCGAGCCAGGGGAAGAUGAGACAGGGAGCAUCUGACGACCUACCCGGGAUUGGGGCUAGCCGGAGGUGGGGCUGAGAGGUGAUCCCUUAAGGGCGAGAACGCUUCUGGGGAAUCUGUGCCACCCAAAGUGUUUGAUCCAGUGAAUCUGCAAGGAAAGAUCUCUCAGGCACCCAUCUGCUGACUGCAUGACAAACCCUAAAGGAAAUGCCAGUCGUGAUAGCCCGGGACCUGGAGGAAACAGCAUCAUCCUCAGAGGAUGAGGAGGUGGUAAGCCAAGAGGACCACCCCUGUAUCAUGUGGACUGGAGGCUGCAGGAGAAUUCCAGUUUUGGUAUUCCAUGCUGAGGCUAUUCUGACAAAGGACAACAAUAUUCGAGUAAUUGGAGAACGUUAUCAUUUGUCUUAUAAGAUUGUGCGAACAGACAGUCGCCUGGUACGCAGCAUUCUGACAGCCCAUGGAUUUCAUGAAGUUCACCCAAGCAGCACUGACUAUAAUCUAAUGUGGACCGGCUCCCACCUGAAGCCCUUCUUACUUCGCACGCUCUCUGAAGCACAAAAGGUUAAUCACUUUCCCAGGUCAUAUGAACUAACCCGGAAGGACCGUCUGUACAAAAACAUCAUCCGAAUGCAGCAUACACAUGGAUUCAAGGCUUUUCACAUCCUCCCUCAGACCUUCCUGCUGCCAGCUGAGUAUGCAGAAUUCUGUAAUUCCUAUUCAAAGGACCGGGGACCUUGGAUAGUAAAACCAGUGGCCUCUUCUAGGGGGCGGGGCGUCUACCUGAUCAGCAAUCCAAACCAGAUUUCCCUGGAAGAGAACAUCCUGGUCUCCCGUUACAUUAACAACCCCCUGCUCAUAGAUGAUUUCAAGUUUGACGUGCGCCUCUAUGUGCUUGUAACUUCCUAUGAUCCUCUUGUCAUCUAUCUCUAUGAAGAAGGAUUGGCUAGGUUUGCAACUGUGCGGUAUGAUCAAGGAGCCAAGAACAUUAGGAACCAGUUCAUGCACCUGACAAACUACAGCGUGAAUAAGAAGAGUGGAGACUAUGUCAGUUGUGAUGAUCCAGAAGUGGAGGAUUAUGGGAACAAAUGGAGCAUGAGUGCUAUGCUUAGAUAUCUGAAACAAGAAGGCAGAGAUACAACUGCAUUGAUGGCCCAUGUGGAAGACCUGAUCAUUAAGACUGUAAUCUCUGCUGAACUAGCUAUUGCUACAGCCUGUAAAACUUUUGUUCCUCAUCGCAGCAGUUGUUUUGAACUCUAUGGCUUUGACGUGCUCAUAGAUUCUACUCUGAAGCCAUGGUUGUUGGAAGUGAAUCUCUCUCCUUCUUUGGCCUGUGAUGCACCUCUGGACCUAAAGAUUAAAGCGAGUAUGAUUUCAGAUAUGUUCACUGUUGUAGGAUUUGUGUGCCAAGAUCCUUCCCAGCGAGCAUCACCGCGGCCAAUUUAUCCUACCUUUGAGUCUUCCAGGCGAACCCCCUUCCAGAAACCUCAGCGUUCCCGUCCACUCUCUGCCAGUGAUGCGGAAAUGAAAAACCUUGUGAGCUCAGCCCGGGAGAAGGUGCCGGGGAAGUUAGGUGGUUCUAUGCUCGGUCUGUCAAUGGAGGAGAUAAAAGUUUUACGGAGGGUGAAGGAAGAGAAUGAUCGGAGAGGUGGAUUUAUUCGCAUAUUCCCUACAUCAGAGACAUGGGAAAUAUAUGGGUCCUAUCUUGAACACAAGACCUCCAUGAACUAUAUGUUGGCAACACAUCUCUUCCAGGACAGGGGAAAUCCAAGAAGAAGCUUGUUGACAGGAAGAAAACGAGUGACUGCGGAUGGAGCCCCAGAACUGAAGGUAGAGAGUCUGAAUUCAAAGGCCAAGAUGCAUGCUGCUCUUUAUGAAAGGAAGCUCCUGUCUUUGGAAGUGCGAAAACGUAGACAACGGAAUGGCAAAUUGAGGUCAAUGAGGCCAAAAUACCCAGUGAUUACCCAACCAGCUGAAAUGAAUGUUAAAACUGAGACAGAGAGUGAAGAGGAGGAAGAAGUUGCAUUAGACAAUGAAGACGAAGAACAGGAAGCUUCCCAGGAGGAGUCUGCAGGGUCCCUUGGAGAAAAUCAAGCCAAGUACACACCCUCAUUGACAGUUAUGGUAGAAAAUUCACCCAAAGAAAAUGCCCCGAAGGUUCCUGAAUGGAAUAAUAAAGGUGACCAGGGCUGCAAAAUUGAGACUCAGGAGCCAGAGCCUAAAUUUAACCUGAUGCAGAUUCUGCAAGAUAAUGGCAAUCUUAGCAAAGUGCAGGCCCGAAUAGCAUUCUCUGCCUAUCUCCAGCAUGUUCAAAUUCGCCUGAUGAAAGACAGUGGAGGUCAAACGUUCACUGCCAGUCGGGCUGCCAAAGAGGAUGAACAGAUGGAGCUAGUGGUUCAUUUUCUCAAGCAAGCAUCAAGUAACCUCCAGCACUCACUGAGAAUGGUAUUACCCAGUCGACGAUUAGCGCUUCUGGAACGCAGAAGAAUCUUGGCCCACCAGCUAGGUGAUUUUAUCAUUGUGUACAACAAGGAAACAGAACAAAUGGCUGAAAAGAAAUCAAAGAAGAAACUUGAGGAAGAAGAGGAAGAUGGGGUGAAUAUGGAAAACUUUCAGGAGUUCAUCAGACAAGCAAGUGAGGCAGAACUGGAGGAGGUGUUGACUUUUUAUACCAAAAAAAACAAGUCUGCAAGUGUCUGCCUGGGGACUCACUCAAAAAGUUCUAAAAACAGCCACAGUAAUUCUGAUAGCGGGGCAAAGGGUGAUCACCCCGGGACUAUGGAAGAAGUGAAAAUAAAGCAGCCCAAACCACAAGAGACAAUAGAAAUUCACUCUGAUAAAUUAACUCGAUUUACCACUUCUGCAGAAAAAGAGGCUAAAGUAGUCUAUACCAAUUCUUCCUCUACUUCUUUCUCUGGUCCUGCUGCUACUCUCCUGCAGAAAAUUCCCAACACCCAUUUGUCAUCUAUUAUUACAACCUCUGACCUCUCACCAGGGCCAGGCCACCAUUCUUUAUCUCAGAUUCCUCCAGCUAUCCUCAGCAUGCCUCACCAGCCAACAAUUUUACUGAGUACAGUCCCCAGCAGUGCCUCCCCCUCCGUACAUCCUGGGACACAGAACGUACCAAGCCCUGCUGGCCUGCCACGCUGUCGAUCAGGCAGUUACACCAUUGGCCCCUUUUCCUCUUUCCAAAGUGCUGCACAAAUCUAUAGCCAGAAACUGUCUCGUCCCUCUUCAGCAAAGGCAGCAGGUUCAUGCCAUCUGAGCAAGCAGCAUUCAGGAGCAGCCAAAACACAAAAGGAGGGGGAAGAUGGCUCUUCGUACAGCAAACGGUACAACCAAAGUAUGGUGACAGCGGAACUUCAGCGGCUGGCUGAGAAGCAGGCGGCAAGGCAGUAUUCUCCGUCCACUCCCAUCAGUCUCCUCACCCAGCAGGUAACAAACCUGAACAUGGCAAGUGACGUCACAAGCAGAAGCAGUGCUUCAACUCCCCCAACCCUUCGACCAGUCAUCAGGCCUAGUGGCCCAACUUGGUCAAUACAGUCGGAUCCCCAAGCUCCCGAGAGCCACUCCACCCCUCCUGGAAGCAGGAGCCUCCAUACAGGUGGCUUUUUCUGGGAGGGAGAGGUAGAGAACGACGCGUACAGCAAGGCUGCAGGGGUGGCCCCCCAGCGCAAGUAUCACCCCCCAGCCGGCAGUUACCAACUUCAUUUUGCCCUGCAGCACCUUGAACAACAAAAACUUCAUUCCCGGCAGCUUCUGGACCAGAGUCGAGCCCGGCACCAGGCAAUCUUUGGCAGCCAGACACUACCUAACUCCAGUUUAUGGACAAUGAAUAAUGGUGCAGCUUGCAAACCUACAAGUGCCACAGCUAGUGGCCAGAAGCCAAGCACUCUACCACAAAAAGCGGUGCCACCUCCGAGUUCUUCCUCCUCCCUCGUCCCCAAACCCCCAUCCAAUCACAAACAAGUCCUCAGAAAUGCAGCAUCCCAGAGGGCUUCCAAAGGGUCCUCCACAGAAGGGCAGCUGAAUGGACUCCAGAGCAGCCUUAACUCUGCAGCCUUUGUGCCCAUCGCCAGCUCCACAGGGAGAAAUCAGAGCCAGAUGUAGGUAUUAGCAGUCAUCUUCAUAGAGCCACCUGUUAAAGCUGUGCAUGGACAGAUGCUCUGAGGGGAAGACUAAGAGCAGCAAAGUGCAAAGGAGGAAAAGGAACCAGCAGAGCAGGCCAAGGAACAGCCUUGAGAGGCACCUGGAUAUUUCAGAAUCUCAGAGCCCCACAGAGGAGAGAGUCAAGAGGAUUGGAAAUGAUCAGUGAGCUCUGAUGUUAACACAGAUGAUAUUUUUUAAUUGCGUGUGAAUAAGAUUUUGUUAAAUUGAAUCAUUUCAUAUGAAUACUGCCCUACAGAGUCCUGUAUAAUUUUCAGAAUGCCUCACGUGGAUUAUCUCAUUUGGUCCUUUCAACUGUCCAGUGAAGUAUUCACUUGUUACUCCUAUAUAACAAGAAAGAAACUGAAGCUCUGAGAGAUUGUGGUUUUCUUAAGGUUACUGCUAGGUACCACCAAACAAUCAGUUUUGAAAAGCUGAAGGCAGAGUAGUUGAGAGAUGCCCAAGGCAGAGUGGGCAUGAGGUGCUCCCUGCUGGUACCCAGGCAGCACCUCGUUCUCAUUCACUACCUCCAGGGAGCAAUAUCUACUCACCCCUCUCGCCCUCCUGUGAACUACUAAGUAGUUGAUUGUCUGUAGUCUAGAACACUGUUUGUUAAGCUGUGGGUCGUGACCUAACAGUGGAUCUUCAAAUCAGUUAGCGGGUCACAGCCAGGCUCACAAGAGCCAGUGGUGCAUGGCCCUUCCCAGCUCCGCCUUCAGUACCUGCAUACGGGUCACGGAGCUCGGCUGUGAUGGAAGUCAGCCAGCAGCACAAAGUUGGGGCCUUUGUUUGUUUUACCACAGAGAACCAGUCGUCAAACAUUUACUAGCACACCACCGGUCAUGACUGUCAUUUCUCCCCCUUCCCUCCCAUCCCCAGAAUGGAACAGAAUGGAAUAGAAAGAAAAAUACCAAGGUCCAUCUGUAAUAAAAGUAAGAACAUACAUUUCAUGACACUUUUGUUUAAGUCAUAAAGAUAUUUAUGUGUGUGUACAUAUAAGGUGCAUUUUUUACUGUGUGUUGCAGUAAAACAGAAAU